AUGGGCCCCAAAAACACCUCGCCCGAGAUGAGUGAAGAGCAAACCCUCUCGCUCGUCGCACAGAUCAAGGAUUGGCAGGUCCAAACGGAAACCGAGUGUAGCGUCUCCACGCACCCCGUCGGGGUCUCGAAGUGGGGGCUCCAGUGCUUCCCGACUCCUUGGCCUCGUGCCAAGUUCCAGCAAGCGCUGGAGAUACAGGAAAUCUACAAUCGGCUAUACUGCGCCGUCGCCGAAGAUGAGCAGUGGAUUUACGGCGCCAUUCGAGACAUUCUCCCUGUCGAACCCCUUGCGGCAGCGCUUUGGGGUAUUUAUGAAGCAGCUAGGGAAACCGGGUUGGUCCAGAACGUUUCUGUCGGCAUCUUUCGCUCGGACUAUAUGCUUCAUCUGAACGCUGGGACCCGGCCGGAUUCCCCGGGGGCGAUGUUUGAAACGAGCCUGAAACAGAUUGAAUUGAACACCUUCUCCUGUUCGGGUGCCGCCCAUGCCAACAAAGUCGGGGAUAUGCAUCGCUAUCUCGCUCGAACGGGGAUCUACAAUGUGGGUGGCACCACAUUGGAUAUUCCAUCCCUUCCGGUCAAUCACAAUAUCGCGACCCUCGCCUCCGGCCUCGCAUUGGCCCACGCUACUUACGGUGGGCCUCGAAGUAAAGAAGCCAAAGAGACGGCCGUGCUGAUGGUGGUACAGCCAUUCAAUUUCAACAUCGCCGACGAGCGCCCGAUCGAAUACGCGCUCUGGAAUCGAUCAGACCCGGUGCCGACCUAUCGACUUGACUUUGGUCCCGAUGUACUCGAACACACUUGGCUCACGGAGGAAAGAGAGUUACUCUACCAUCCGCCCUGGCAAGCGUCGACGACCCCUGUGGAAAUAUCGGUUGUGUACCUGCGUGCUGGGUAUGAGGCGCACGAGUACGACCACGUCGGCUGGGAGGCACGCCUGCAAUUGGAGACCUCAGUCGCCAUCAAGUGCCCUUCUCUCCUCUCCCACAUGACGACCUUUAAGAAGGUCCAACAGGCACUGACCGUCCCCGGGGCGCUGGAGACGUUCCUCUCCGAGUCGGAGGCUGCGGCCCUCCGGGAGACGUUUGUGCCUGUCUACCCAUUAGAUGAGUCCGAGCAGGGCCGCUAUGCGCGAGACCGGGCGUGUGAUCCCGUUCAAUCGGCCCAUUACAUUUUAAAGCCCUCCUUGGAAGGGGGCGGGCACAAUGUGUACGGAACAGAUAUCCCAGGCUAUCUGGCGUCGAUGCCCCAGUCGAAGUGGUGCUCCUACAUUUUGAUGGAGCGAGUCCAGCCGCCACUUCAGCACGGUCUUCUCAUGAGCCCAGCCGGCAUUGACAGCGGGGAGGUUGUUUCCGAGCUCGGCGUCUUGGGAUGUUGCCUGUGGCAAUCCAACCACACGUCCGACCGUCGGUGCACGAUGCUCCACAAUUCGGUGGGUGGCUGGACCUUCAAAACCAAAUAUGCCGAAAUCGACGAAAUGAGUGUGGUCAAGGGCUACGGAUGCUUCGAUACGCCGCGGUUGAUGGAUUCCUGA